AAUAUUUCAGCCUCAAUUAUGUGAGUGGCUCUUAGCCAGAGGCUUAGAGCUUUAAAAAUCCAUCUAACAGUCCCUGACCGGAAGUGUGACCUUUGGGUGAGCAUCUAUUAGAAGAGUGCACAAGGCAGCCCUCAGGGUAAUAGAAAUGUUCUUUAUUCCGGAAGAAGGUAUAUAGGUGUAUCCAUAAGUACAAGCCUAUUUAGCAGUACACUUAAGAUGUAUUUUAAGUUUCACUGGAAUAAAUUUUUUUUUAAGUUUCCGAUCUAUCUAGACACAUCAACAGGUAGUUUCCAUCGUGGUUCGAGCGAUGAUAGACGUCUGCACGGCCCGCCUGCCAGACGAGCAGCGAGAAAGCCUCUCCAAGUGCAAAGAUCGGUAAGCCCGUUAAAAGGGAAAGUGGACGCUGCCUUCCUUCGGACACCAGAACCUCCCAGAGAUCAAGGGCCUUCUUCAACGCCCUGGGACCACCUUCUCAAUCUGGCGCCCAAGAUGAGCGCUCAACUGCUCAAGAAUGCUCCACCUGCUGGGGAACAGAUCCCUGAAGAGAGAUGGAGCCAGGGGCAAGAGAGAGGAACAAUGGGGCAGUCUGUAUGCUUCAGAUUCUGAACGAUGCAGCGUGAACGUGCCCACAGCGUCCACGCGGUUUUGGAGGAGACUGUUAGCCAUACAGCCGGCCCCGGAACUUCACAAACCAGUGCACGCGGAGCCCCAGGGCCACAGGCCCCGAGCGCGCACGCGCAGCACAGAGCCUUCGCUACGCAGGCGCACCGCGGCCCUGCGCCAGGCAAAGAGGAGGGCCGGAGACCGCAGGCGGGCGCGCGCUGCCGGGCGUGGGGGAGCGACGGCCGCGCCAUGGAACAGCGGUUAGCUGAGUUCCGGGAGGCCCGCAAACGGGCCGGGCAGGCGGCCGAACCCAGCCCUUCGAGGCAGAGCGCACAAACCUCGGGAGAGAAGGCGGAAGCAGCUGCGACUCCAAGGGCAGCCUCAGGCUGGCUAAAACGGUUUCUGGGGUGGAAACCGAGGCCCGCGAGUGCCCAGACCCAGCCCAGCGUCGCUCAGGAAGCCGCUCAGCCUGGGAGCAGCACAUCACAGCCACCACGGAAUACAGCCAUUCCUCUGCCAUCGCCACGGGACCAGUCUAUCCUGACCAACAUCACCUUCUUGAAGGUUCUUCUCUGGCUGGUCCUGCUCGGACUGUUUGUGGAACUGGAAUUUGGCUUGGCUUAUUUUGUCCUGUCUUUGUUCUACUGGAUGUACGUUGGGACACGAGGCCCGGGAGAGAAGAAGGCGGGAGAGAAGAGCGCCUACUCUGUGUUCAACCCGGGCUGCGAGGCCAUCCAGGGCACUCUGACUGCGGAGCAGUUUGAGCGCGAGCUACAGUUUCGACCCCUGGAGGGGAGAUAGGACCAGGCUCUGCUGUCCUGCAGCUGGCCUCCACGUGGUCAGCUUAGCCCCAGGGCGUGGACUUGUGGGCUUGAUUUCAGGUGCCCAAGACUAAGGGCAGCGUGCAGGUUAGCCCUGUGAGCACGCGGUUCUGCAUUCUCUCCCUGAUCUUCCGCUGCAAUUUUUUCUUUGAACUUUGCUUUGGUUUUGGUGAAACUCCCAGAAAGACACUUACUGUGGGUCUGACGCAAUUUAUAAAAAUUACGUACAAAAUAAUUAAAAAAAUAAAGGAGACCCGUGUCUCAUUAUUUGAGAGAGGUGAUUUUAGAGCACUAGGAAGGCACUGGGGACAUAGCUGUUUGAAGUCAUGGUCGGGUACAUUGGGACUGUGCAUUCAAAGUGAAUGUUCUCUUUCAGUCCUUUCAUAUUUAUAGCAUUUUUCCCCCUAAGAAGCUUAAAUUGCAAGUUUUGUUUUUUGGGUUUUGUUUUUAUCUCUUCCUGCUUUAAGGCUUGCUUUUUCGGUCAUUAAUGAUUUUGAAAAAUAAAAUAUCUUUAAAACGUGUA